CCUCCCACCCAGCGCCGCCACGAUGCCCAAAAGGAAGGUUAGCGCGGACGGAGUGGCGAAGGCAGAGCCCAAGCGGCGCUCGGCGAGGCUGUCGGCCAAGCCCGCCCCUGCCAAGGUGGACGCGAAGCUGAAGAAAUCCGCGGGAAAGGAUAAACCAUCAGACAAAAAAGUGCAAACAAAAGGGAAGAGGGGAGCAAAGGGCAAACAGGCGGAGGUGGCUGACCAGCAAACCACAGAUGUGCCUGCAGAAAAUGGAGAGGCUGAGAACCAGAGUCCAGCCUCUGAAGUCGAAGAGAAAGAAGCCAAGUCCGACUAACCAUCCAUCGUGUCUGUCAGUGUCCCCGCCUCCCUUCUUGUACAAUCCAGAGGAAUAUUUUUAUCAACUAUUUUGUAAAUGCGAGUUUUUUAGUAGCUCUAGAAACAUUUUUAAAGGGUGGGAGGAAGUCCCACCUCAUCCCAUUUUUUAAGUGUAAAUGAUUUUUUUAGAGGUUAAAUCACUUGCUGGUUGUUUAUUUUUUGGUACAACCAGAAAAUAGCAGGAUACUGAAUCAGGAGAGGCUGUGACUGUCUCGGGGGUCACCAUAACAUUCCGUAGAGGGGGCUAGUUUUAUAUCUUACAACACAAAGCAUACUUGGAGUCUUGGUCGUGCAUUUGUGUCUGGAAUAUUUUCAGUUAUUUCUGGUCUCGUGUUUCUAGUAGAACUGUAUCCUAAAAAACCACUCCUCGGUCCUUGCCCUGUCAGAACUGUCUCUGGUCAUGGCAGUCCAUUUUCCUAACAGUUGUGAUAAUGUGCUGUGAAAGAUUGAAAUUUUGAAUAUGUACUGUAUGUGGCAUAAAAUUGUGAGUCAGUGGAAUUAAGGAUUGUGAGCAUUUGAUUGUUAUGUGAGGUCUUAGGGAAAACUUGCCAAGCUUAGGAUGGAAAAUCACUGGAAUAAGUUCAAAGAAAAACAAUACAUGGCUCUUUUGGGUACGUGAACACAAUGUAUGACUCUUAGAGUUUGGGUCCAUGUUCUAAGAAUUGAAAUGUCUGUGUACUCAACCAAUAAAGUCUCAGUUGUGAAAGAGUAAAAAAAAAAAAAAAAA